UCCGGAUACAGACGGAGCCUUCUGCCCGUGCUCUGCGUUCAUUUCAUCCGUUUCCAUAAAGCUUACAGAUACGGACCAAACGGAGCAGUACCACCGGAAACCACCGGGGGGCAGUGUUGCCGUCACUACUCGAUACGUAGCUCUAGUGAGACUCGAAGAAGAAAUAACAAUGGAGGAACUUUUUGAGGAAAGGUUUUGUGAGAUGGUUAGAAACUUUAAGCAUAUCGUUUUUGUCUUUUAUGCAAGAGGAACAUUAUCUAUAUCUCCUCCACAGUCGCCAUGUUUGUUUUUCAGUGUGUUGUAGUUAUAAACGUUAUAAACGACUCUGUGCUGCCCCCUGGUGGAUGUAUUGGUUAACAUCCAUGCCAACGUAAAGGAGGCAUGGAAGGAUGGAAACAUUUUCGUACGUACGUUGAGCAUAAAUGAGCCUUAAAUGAGCCUACAGACUGAAAACAGUCGUCUUCACACAUUUUACCUUGUUUUAUAUAAAAACUGGGGUGCGAACAUGAGAAAUCACAACAGCAUUCCUUGGGAAGAAAAUCGAAAAUCAAUAAAAUGAAUGACCUCCCGUAAAAAGCCAAAUUUUCCUGUGUACAGUUUACUGGAACCAGGAUUAUUUAGGCAAAAAGGGAAGGUGUGUUUUUAAAUGUAAAGCCAUGGUGGAAGUAGUUUUGGUAUUCAAAUAGAAACUGGUUGGCCUUGAUGGGAAUGCUGCCAAAACAAAACAGGAAUUUAUUUAUAGUCCUAAAAGACAUCUCUUCCUCUUCCACUCUUCCUGAUGACAUUUGUGAUUGGAGUGAUUAAACAGGAAUGAGAGCUGAUAGAGGUGUGUGGGCAGGGCCAGUAAGUUUAUAUCCAACCUGUACCAACCGGUACAAUUCAUUACUCUCAACCAUUCACAAGUGUUCGCAUUUCACUCUGAACUGAAGACUUUUGGAAAGAACAUGAAUCAACAAGGUCUGUUUGGAUUCUGGCUCUAUCUGCUGUCCAUGUGUGUCCUGGUCUACCACGGUCGGGCCCAGGUCCCUGAACCAGCACAGUGCCUCCUAUCUGGGACCUACAACCUGACCCAGCAGCCGGUGGAGGGAGAGGAUGAGGGGAAGUGUUGGAGGGAUUGCUACGCAGAGCCUGACUGCCACAUGGCAGUGAUAGUCUUACCUCUAAGAGACAGGAAGCAGUGCCUGCUGGUCAACUGUCUGAACCAGGGCAGACACUCGUACACCCGAGAUCCCAGCACACAGAUCAGGGUCUACCCAAAGACCACCAUUGACAACGACCAAAGGUACUAUUACAUGACAGACGCAUAUGAACGAGCUGAUGAGACGCUUCAUUGUUCAGAGUUGAUGAGUUGCAGCAGCUGCCAGUCGGGGACUCACAGAUUCUUCUACAACAGAACCAGUUACAGGUGUGAGAGCUUCCCCAGCGGCUGUGGGUCCAGCAGAAACUCGUUUGAAACCCAGGAGGGCUGUGAAGCCCUCUGCAAUGAAAAGUUUCGUUGUUAUCGGCCCGUGCAGUACGGAGCAGGCAGCUCAAACAUGCCCAUGUUCUUCUUUAACAAGCUGAGUUAUAGCUGUGAGAGGUUUAACUUCAGAGGCCACGGCUCCAACGGGAACAUCUUUCACUCUGAGGAGGAGUGUGAGAAGCUCUGUGGUGACAUUAAAGCUCCUACGACGCCUCCACCUGCUGUGACUACAGACACUACAGUCACUGUUACAACAAGAAAACCAGCUCCUAGAACGAAGAAACCAGUUGUCCUUCCAGUUACUCAACCUCCUGACAACUCAGAUUGGUUCAUUAUUCCGGGCUUUGUGGUCCUUGUGGUUGUUGUCGCCAUCUGCACUGGCUGCGAAUGUUAAUCCUACUGCGGGUAAAACUGAAAUGUUUCUGUAUUUAGUGCUUUCAAAAAAAUCUGAUAUACCUGCAGCCAUGUCAUCAUUAAUAAAAAAGCCCUCACCUUCUCCAGCAUAAGUUUAUACCUAACCUAACUAACUAGUGAUUAACGUGGAAGAAUUACAACAUUAAAUUGUCCUAAAACUCACCUGAUAACUGUGUGAACUGUCUAGUUGAGCAGGUCACUGGUGACUGACACGUUUUCUAUUCAGGGCUA